AUGGAUGCUGCGGCGCAGCCCUCGGAGACGCUCAAUCGCAACGCCGGGGAGGCGGCGGCUGCGGCGGAGCGCUACCUGCAGGCCCAGACCACGCGCUGCGACUGCAAGCAUCACGCCGACCAGAGCGCCGUCUUCCAGUGGCUGUGGGUCAUCGUCCUGCAGGUGGCAAUCGAGAAGUUCCGCGCCGAGCCCGGGGUGUCGCCGGUCGACACACCAGGGGCCCUCGAGAGACUGCGCGAUCAGGCUCAGUCGGCAUGGUCUUAUUUUCUGGUUUCGCGGCGGGCGGCCUUCAGCCUGCUGGGGCCCCGCGGCACGCAGAGCACCACCUCGAUCAGCUGCCAUGGGGCCUACUUGGUGCGGCUCAUGAUCUUUGAGCUGCAGAUCCUCGUCACCAAGAUGGUUGGGGCGGCCGUGCAGAUGCCAUUCCACGCCAUCGUGGAGGCGGGGCUGCACCUCUACAUCCGCUCGUACGGGGGGGCGGCCAAGGCCUGGGCCAUCCACCUGCCUAAGUGCUGGGCGACCCUGACCGUCGUCUGCCCCCUGCAGCUGGCCGCACACGUUUUCGCGUGGCCCUUUGUUGCGCAGCUCUGCCUGCAGGACGCCGUGGCGCAGGCGGCAGUGGCGCGCGCGGUGCCACUGGGGGCCGGGCAGCUUGAGCGUCGCGCGCGCAUUGCGUGGCGCUGCGUUCUGGGCCUGACGCCUGUGCCGCUGCAGUGGCUGGCCAGGUGGUCGGGCCUGCAGCGGGGCGUGGCGCGGUGCCUGUGGCGCCUGUACCUGUGGGCCUGGGGCCUGCCGUGGCGCGUCCUGGGCUGGCUCAAGUGGGCCCUGGGAACGAGGCAGCCCGCGCCGCGCAGCCCCGACCUACCACCAGAGGCGCGCCACGCUUUCCAGGAGCCCACCAGCGCCCGGCGCGGCGGCGAGGGCACCCCUCUGCGGUCGACUGGGGCCGUGGCUGGCAUGCUGUAG